CUUUUUUCAUAUUCAGUCGUAAAAUGGGCAGCUUACAUUUUGAUACUUCUUUGGUUAUCUUUUUUAUUUUUUUUGGCUGUCGUUACUCAUCUUCACAAUCAACGGGACUUUAGCCUUUCUUAUAUCAAUUGAAGCGCAAUAUAUCUCGUUAGUUUAUAUCAACUUUUGUACAUAACAAUAUACUAAGAAUGGGAAGUCCGGAUGAAUGGUUAGAGACAGUUCGCAGAUGUGAAUAUUUACCCGAACACGAUAUAAAAAAACUAUGUGAAAUGGUAAAGGAAUUACUAAUGGAGGAGUCGAAUAUUCAACCUGUUCAAUCACCAGUUACAGUUUGUGGCGACAUACACGGUCAAUUCUACGACUUAUUGGAAUUGUUCAAUGUUGGGGGCGACGUGCAAGACACUAACUACAUAUUUAUGGGAGAUUACGUAGAUCGCGGUUAUUUUAGUCUGGAAACAUUUACAUUAUUAAUGGUGUUGAAAGCAAAAUACCCUGAUAAAAUUACACUAUUAAGAGGCAAUCACGAGAGUAGACAAAUUACACAAGUAUACGGAUUCUAUGACGAAUGCCAAACGAAAUAUGGAAAUGCGAAUGUGUGGAAAUACUGUUGCUCAGUAUUUGAUUAUCUAACGUUGGCUGCUAUAAUCGAUGGAUCAAUUCUAUGUGUGCAUGGUGGCCUAUCACCUGAUAUCAAAGCACUGGACCAAAUGCGAACAAUACACAGAUUACAAGAAAUUCCACACGAGGGUUCAUUUUGUGAUCUUAUGUGGUCUGAUCCAGAAUCUGAUAUAGAUACUUGGGCAGUAAGUCCAAGAGGCGCGGGUUGGUUAUUUGGUGGUAAAGUGACAACGGAGUUUAAUCAUAUAAAUGGGUUAUCACUUAUUGCAAGAGCACAUCAACUAGUGCAGGAAGGAUACAAGUACACAUUUCCUAACAAUGAACUAGUUACAGUUUGGUCAGCACCGAAUUAUUGCUACCGUUCGGGCAAUGUGGCAUCCAUCAUGGAGGUGAAAGACGAUGAUAUAAAAUUCAAGAUAUUUGACGCCGUUCCAGACCAGGAUCGUUUUACACCUUUCUCUGUUAAAAAUGGUUUGGGGAACAAAAUGGGUGGUGGACAGUACUUUAUGUAAUAAAGGAUACUCUUUGUCUAUACGUAUAAAUGCCUCUUUGCUGGAGUUCCUACUACUACUAUCCCUAUUUCGACUCGAAAAGGAAAAGGCAGACAAGUAUAUCAACAAUUGUAUCUUCUCAUAUAGAUAGAUGAACAAUUCGUACUUUUAUUACAUUUCUUAUUAUUAACUUUUUUUUCUUCAUUUUGAUUAUAACUGUAUCUUGUUUCUGUUUCUUGAUUAUUACUACUUUUAUUGUUUAUUGAUUAAUAUAUGUUAAUUAUGGCAACAUUUCAGAUUACUACUACAUUAUUAAUGUCACUGUAGCUGAUUAUCGUAUAAUAUGUUCUUUACGCCCUC